GGGAAAACAAAAUAAAAUAAAGCAGGUGUGUAUCAUCAGCUCCAUGAUUGUAAAAGAUGUUGAGUUAGUUGAAGCUACGAGCUUUUGAUUAACAAAAAACGACCCAACAUUCAGGAUUGUUCAACCAUUUCUCUCAUAUGUCUCAGAAACAAAAGAAUCUAAUAAGAUGAAACAAUUUGGUGGUACACAGAGGAAUGCUUACCUUCCAAUUCUGUACUUAGCAGUCAUUGUUCUUCCCGUGUUCCUUCUUGGAAGCUAUCUGUACAAUGAGAACCUGAGGAUUAGCCAGUUUCGAGAGUUCAAGACACAUAACCUACAAGAACACAUUAGUCCACCACAACAAACUAAAGAAGAUGAAGACAAGAAGAUUAAUCUGGUGCCAUUAGAAGCCUGUGAUGUUUUCACAGGAAAAUGGGUUCUGGAUAAUGUAACACAUCCUUUAUACAAAGAAGACGAAUGUGAAUUUCUCACAGAGUGGGUGGCAUGUACGAGAAACGGGAGGCCAGACUCAAAGUACCAGAAAUGGAGAUGGCAACCACGAGAUUGCUCUUUGCCAAAGUUUGACGCGAAGCUGCUGCUAGAGAAACUCAAGGGAAAGAAACUGAUGUUCAUUGGUGAUUCAAUACAUUAUAAUCAAUGGCAGUCCAUGGUUUGUAUGGUCCAGUCCAACAUUCCCUCAGGCAAAAAGACUUUAAACCACACAGCACAAAUGUCAAUCUUCAAUAUAGAGGAGUACAACACGACCAUAGCAUUUUACUGGGCACCUUUCUUAGUCGAAUCAAAUGCUGAUCCUCCAGACAAGAGAGAUGGCAAAACGGAACCAAUAAUCAUGCCUCGAUCAAUCUCCAAGCACGGCGAGAGCUGGAAAGACGCAGACUUUCUCGUUUUCAACACGUAUAUAUGGUGGACCAGAAACUCCAAGAUCAAAGUUCUAAAACAAGGAUCUUUCAGCCAAGGAUCAAAAGAGUAUAACGAAAUCGGAAUCUACGUCAUGUACGAACAAGUGCUACGGACAUGGGCAAACUGGCUAGAACAAAACAUCGACUCAAAUCGAACAUCAAUCUUCUUCAGCAGCAUGUCACCAGCUCAUGUCAGGAGUUCAGAUUGGAGCGUCGAUGGAGGAAGCAGCAAGUGCGAGAAGGAGACAGAACCUAUACUCGACAUGUCCAAACCAAUAGAUGUUGGAACAAAUCGAAGGUUUUACGAAAUUGCAGUGAAUGUGACAAAAUCCACCAGCAGAGUGAAGAUAAAUUUUCUUGACGUAACAACAAUGUCAGAGUACAGGAAAGAUGGGCACACCUCCUUUUACGGGUCGAGGAGUGGGAAACUGAUAACACCGGAGCAGAAAUUGGAUCCGAGAACCUUCGCCGAUUGUUAUCACUGGUGCCUUCCGGGAUUGCCAGACACAUGGAACGAGUUGCUCUCUCUGUAUAUUAUCCACACAACUUAA